AUGCUGUGUGAGUCGGAGGCACCUAUGGCACUUGCGGAACCAGUUCCCGUGGCUUAUUUUAAUUCAGAUCCUCGAGAGAGCUGUGAGGUGUCACUGGAAGAUGUACAGCUCAACUCUGCAGCAAGAACUGUUGAGAUCCACAGCACUGAGACAGCCAAGGAUACUCAGAUGGAGAGAUGUCAGACAGACAUGCAUGGAUUCAAAGCCUCUUCCCCACCUGCCUCCAGUAUAUGGACAACGCGACGAGAUGGAGAGGUCAGACUGAGGAUGGACGAACAGGGUGUAGGCAGUGAGGCACCAAAGACUGUUCAUGAGGUCUUCCAGGAAGCUGCUAGUAAAUACAGUGAUUAUUAUGCCCUUGCAUCCAAGAAGGGUGGCCAGUGGAUAAAACUAACAUACAAGAUGUACUAUGAUGAGUGUUGGAAAGCAGCAAAAAGCUUUCUGAAGCUGGGACUGGAGCGUUUCCAUGGAGUGUGCAUCUUGGGAUUUAACUCUGCAGAGUGGUUUAUUGCUGACAUUGGAGCGAUCCUUGCAGGCGGAUUUGCUGUUGGUAUCUACACUACAAACUCUCCUGAGGCCUGUCGUUACGUAGCAGAGAACUGCUGUGCUAACGUCCUGGUGGUGGAAAACGAUAAACAGCUACAGAAAAUCUUAGAAAUUCAGGAUAAACUGCCUCAUCUGAAAGCUAUUGUCCAGUAUGGGGAAGAGCUGAAAGAGAAGAGACCAAACCUGUACUCGUGGAGUGAGUUCAUGGGCCUUGGCAGAGACAUUCCAGACACUCAGCUCCGCGAAAUCAUCGAGUUGCAGAAGCCUAACCAGUGCUGUACGCUGAUAUACACCUCGGGGACGACGGGACAGCCCAAGGGAGUAAUGCUCAGUCAUGACAACCUGACGUGGACGGCGUCGACGGCAGGGCGCUCCAUGAUGCUGACCAGCGCUAAGGAGAAGCAGGAGGUGGUGGUCAGCUACCUGCCCCUCAGUCACAUCGCCGCACAGAUGUCAGACAUUUGGUUGGCCAUAACAUUCGGUGUGCAAGUUUUCUUUGCUCAGCCAGGUGCACUAAAGGGCACCUUGGUAGACACGCUGAGGGAAGUGAAACCAACUGCUUUUCUGGGAGUUCCUCGUGUCUGGGAAAAAAUGGAAGAAAAAAUGAAAUGCGUAGGUGCAAAAUCGUCGGCACUCAGAAGAAAAGUGGCAUCAUGGGCCAAGGGAGUGGGGCUGCAGGCCAACCUGAAGCGGAUGAAUGGGUAUUCCGAAGUGCCGGUGAACUUCCGCUUAGCCAGGCACCUGGUGUACAAGAAAGUGCGGAAGGCCAUCGGGCUGGAGCGGUGCACAAAGUGCUACACGGGGGCUGCUCCCAUUACCAGGGAGACGCUGGAGUUUUUUCUAAGUCUGAACAUUCCCGUGUUUGAGAUGUACGGCAUGAGCGAGAGCUCUGGGCCUCACACGCUGUCGCUGCCCCAUGCGUUCAGGCUGACCAGCUGUGGAAAGGAGGUCUUGGGCUGCCGGACGCUGAUUCAUAAGCCAGACGGAGAUGGCAACGGGGAGAUCUGCUUCUCCGGACGGCACAUCUUCAUGGGCUACUUGAACAUGGAAGAAAAAACCAGAGAGGCCAUUGACGAGGACGGCUGGCUGCAUUCGGGUGACCUUGGCAAGCAAGAUAAAGAUGGGUUCCUCUACAUCACUGGCAGAAUUAAAGAGCUCAUCAUCACCGCAGGAGGUGAGAACAUCCCUCCUGUUCCAAUCGAGGAUGCUGUAAAAGAAGCUCUUCCCUUCAUCAGCAAUGCAAUGCUGGUCGGAGACAAAGCCAAAUUCCUUGCUAUGCUCCUGACACUGAAG